UGGAGAAGCGAAGAAAAAGGGAGAGAUUAUAAUACAAUCAGAGGUAAUCGUCAUUUGGCCUUUGCAUACAUUGGGAUUCUUGUUCAUGCUAGAUCAUUGUAUACUAUUCAAGCUUAUGUGCUUUUUGAGGAAGAGUUCAUUAAGGGUACUGCUUGUGAUCAUAAGGAUGCUGGUGUGAAUUUUCCUGAAUAUUAUUAUCAUUUGUGGAGAUCUGGGAAAGAUAUGAUCAAGCACGAGGUUGUUUUUAAUAAAGAAACACAUGCAAUAUGUUGUACAUGCAUGUUGUUUAGUGAAAUGGGUUUGCUUUGUUGUCAUGCUCUUCGAAUUUAUCAUAUGAAUUGUGUACAUAAGAUUCCAGAUGACUAUAUAUGUAAGAGGUGGACUAAGGCUGCUAUGUGUAGUCAUGGCCUUGAUGAACCUACAAUGAAAACCAAUGUAGUAUCUACAAGUGUUUGGAGGACACAAACACUAAGGAAAUUUGUUAAGUUGGUAACAAGUUGUCAACACUCUUUGAAUGCUAGAGCAGAGGUUGAAUGUUAUUUCAAUCUUUUAAAAGAAAAGAUUGAGAGUGUUACUGGUACUAUUGAUUUUAAUGAACCGGUUGAAGGUAUUGAAAUUGUUGAUCAUGAAGUUAAGAAUCCGGCAAAAUCAAGACCUAUUGGAGAGAGGAAUUAUAGGCCUAAGAGUAAUUUAGAGAAGGCUUAUAACAAAGCCAGGGGUCAGUGGUUGAAGAAAAAGUCAGUAUACACUCCUUAUAAAAGAUCUAAAGGUCAAGCAGUAGUUCAGGAAUUGGACGAGAAUGGGUGUCCUAUAUCUUAUGCUAAUUCUUUGGCUGAUCCUAAUGAGUUAAUUGUGAUUGAAGAUCCAAGUGCUCAGGUUUGUAAUAAAAAGACUGCCAUUGUAGAAGAUAUCCCUUCAGAUGAUAGUGUUUCAAAUGACUUUGAACAGGAAUAUGGAUAUAGCUCUAUGCAAUCAAACGUUAAUGUUGAUCCAGACAUAUCUUCUAUUGUUAAGGUGAAAUAUUAAUCAUCUACCUUUUAAUUUUGUAUAAGGUCAUUAUGA